CGCGGUGCGGCGGAGUGUCAGAUUGAUCUCGGACAUCACUUCCGUUCCUGCCAUUUUGCUGCUGAAGAAAGCCUAAAGUGAGCCGUCUUACUGUAACGUUCAUCGAGGGGGGGUAUCCUUUCUUAAAAAAAAAUAAUUAAUUAAUAAAUACAAAACACCGGAAAAGCAGAAGAGAGACGGAGGAACACAAACCUGAAAGAUGUCAGACUUCGACAGCAACCCGUUCGCGGACCCGGACUUUAGUAACCCGUUUCAGGAUCCCGCAGUCACGCAGGCGACACGAACGGUCACCUCGGGUUUGGAGGAAUACAACCCUUUCACAAACACAAAGCCGGCGGUGGCUGGCGUGGCCACCAAAAUGGCCCCCACCAGCACUCAGCCUGCCAUCAUGAAGCUUACAGAGGAGGCCACAGCGUACACGCAGUCACAGACCCAGGACCGGGCUCAGACGGAGCUGCUGCGGCGGCAGGAGGAGCUGGAGAAGAAAGCCGCUGAGCUGGACCGGCGGGAGAAGGAGAUGCAGUCCCUUGGCACGUCGGGGGGAAGGAAAAACAACUGGCCCCCUCUUCCUGACAAGUUCCCUGUCGGACCAUGUUUUUACCAUGAUAUCACUGUAGACAUCCCUGUGGAGUAUCAGAAGACAGUCAAGACCAUGUACUACCUGUGGAUGUUUUAUGCGGGGACUCUGCUUGUGAACAUCUUUGGCUGUCUGAUCUGGUUCUGCGUGGACUCCAGGCGAGGGGUGGACUUUGGCCUGGCGAUGUUCUGGUUCAUGGUUUUCACCCCCUGCUCUUUUGUCUGCUGGUACAGACCGCUGUACGGUGCUUUCAGGAAUGACAGCUCCUUCAGAUUCUUUGUCUUCUUCUUCGUAUACAUCUGUCAGUUUGGCAUGCAUGUGUUUCAGGCCAUCGGCAUCACAACCUGGGGGAACUGCGGCUGGAUCUCAGCCCUCACGUGUCUGAACACGAGCAUCCUGGUUGGGAUCUUGUUGAUCCUCAUCGCAGGCCUCUUCACUUCCUGUGCCGUCUUCUCACUAAUAAUGUUUAAAAAGGUUCACGAGCUGUAUCGCAGCUCAGGAGCCAGCUUUGAGAAGGCCCAGCAGGAAUUUGCCUCGGGUGUGAUGUCCAACAAGACUGUUCAGACGGCAGCGGCCAACGCGGCCUCAACCGCUGCCCGUGGAGCGUUCAAGGGGGAGCAGAUCUGAGGGAGCUCUCCCCUUCAUCCCAGCUCAUCCCCCCCACACUACACUACACCCCCAAGCCCAUACAGAGACUGUAAGAUCCUCCUUCUCGUUUAUUUAUUGCUCUCCUGUGACCCUGAGCCAUCUGUGUCUCUCAGCAUGUCUGUUAACGUGUCUUCCGGCGCUCCGGCAUGGCCUUUGAAUCGGGAUGAACAAAGAGAUUGCCACUUGCACUCUGCAUACUUCUACAUUACUGCCCCCCACAACUUCAGCAUUACUGGAAUAAGGAGCAGGAGGAGAUGAGUGACUGUGACUGUAGCACAUUUCAUCCUCUGGGGGGGGCAGGGAGUGUGGAGGGGGGCAGAAAAAUGGCUGGAGUCACUGUACCUGUUUCCUCUGUGUCUCCGUUGCCACGGUUUCUUAUGAAGUCAGUGCUGUGCAGUGGCAGGCAAAGCCUCAGUGCUUUCCUGCUGUUCUUUCUGAAACUGCUCUACUCAGAAAGCCUCUCUGUCCGGGUGGGAGGGCUAAGGAAUUCAGACACUCCCAUAAUGUGGUUAUUAUUAUUACUUGAGCGCAAUGCAAGAAAUGCACCAUUUAGAAGGUAAUUUAUGAAACAGGCUGUUUUUGAGGCUAAUGGUUGGACUGAAAGAACGGUAUAAUAGCCCAAUUUAAGCUAGAUGGAGAUUGCUUAUUUUUUAUCACUUUUGAAGCUCUGUCAGGGUAGUAUUUGUAGUAUUUCCCUGCGAUCAGAAAUGAGCAUGAAUGCAUCGAUCACUUAACUGUCAACAGUCAUUUAGUGUAAACACACAGGAGCCUCGCUAUGGCGCAUCUGACUGGGCCAGUCCUGGAUAUCUACAGUUCUGGAUGUUUACUAAUCAGCAUUUCGGACUCCCCAGGCUUGUCAUGCUGAAUUAGGGCUAGAUGAUGGGAUGGUGGAGUCACUAAAUCAGGGUAUUUGUGCUGGCUGUGUCUAUCGCGAUUUCUUCGUAGAUCCCCUAGGCUGACGGGGAACCAGCCCUUAAUCUCUGCACAUUUGGCGUACAUUUAUAAGCUGAACAGUUUGGCUACACCUCCAGCGCUCUCUACCCACGAUAAUAGCAUCCUGUCAUCCUUGCUUUGUUUAGUGGUUCCACAUUGAAAUAAUUUUAAAGACUUAUUUUAGGGAUUUGUUGGCAGCACUGUGAAGACGGAGCAUCACGGGAGGAAGCCGGUCUGGUUCAAACGCUUCUACUUUCAGUAAAUGUGAAAGGAGAGACUUUCAACACAACAGUCAAGGCAAUAGACCAUAUUUGUUGCUGAUGCUGCCCCCAUUCUUUGUUUGACCGUGAGUGUAUCAGCAUCUGCAUGGCUUGUGGCAGACAUGUUGGUCAAGGGUGAGAGUUUAUCAAACAAGAGACUUCUGCGAUUGCAUUUUUCUCCUGGAGCUCACAGCCUUGUCUGACAUUCCUGCUAUCUGCUGUCGGUCACCUGUAUGUCUGCACUUCUCUAAAUAUUUCAGGAUUUAUAUAAUGCAGCCCAAAUUAAUGAUGUCUGAAACAUUUCUGCUUUGGUUUCAUGUGUUGUUCACUUAGAUGUGAAGGUAAACAUGCAAAUGCAAGUAAGCAGUAAUGAAAACUACUGCCACCUUGUCUCCUAUGUGUGUGUGUGUGUGUGUGUGUGUGUGCAUACAGUAAGAUUUUUCAGUUUGUGUUCCAGAGAAAGCAGAGCCCAUUUGACAUGACAUUUCUUCCCUAAGCCAUCGCAGCCGAUGUACCUUAAGUCAGUUUUGCACAGUUUUGAAAUCCCGCAACUAGAAUAAAUUAACUCAGAGGGCUACACUGGAUAAUUUAACUGUUUGGUUUGUUCUUUUGUUUGUUUGUUUGGUUGGUUGUUUGUUUUUUGUUCCAGUGUUGGUUUAGUCCUCCACAGCACAGUAUUUUAGUUUCUUAAAGUGAUGUCAUUACAUGGGCGGUUCUUGUGGUGGACAUGGAGGUGAAGUGAUAUGUUGGAGUGAUGCUCCACGCUGACAGCAUUUUGACUCUUAUUGGCUGAUUAGCCGCCAAGAUCAGGUGAGGUCACUUCCUUUCAUGUUCCUGCGCAUAGGUUACAGUAAGUCUUGAUGCAGAGUUCUGAAAUCUUAUGUUUAGUUAUAAGCUGCAGGGUUUUACCCCAAAUUUUUCUUUUUUAUAUUUUCUAGAAUUGUGAUUUCUUUAUAGAUUAGUGAUUUUGUGUUUGUGUGUGUGUGUGUGUGCGCUCGCAGGUGUGCUACAACAAGAUUUUUUCUUCCAUUAAAAUGAAUGGCAUCAAAAAAUGUUUUCACGUUUGUUUUCAAUUUGUUAGAAAACAGAAAAUCUGAGGAUAUAAACCGUUUCCAUUUCAUUGCAUUUUUCCCCGUAUUGCAACAGUGGCUUUGAGUUUUAUCUUUUAAUCAAUGACCAAUGUAGCUGAAACACUGAAAAUGAUAUUGCUCCAGAGGUUGUAUGUGAUUAUGGAUUUGAAUAUAUUUGAAAUCAGAUUUUAAGGGAUAUUUGUAUAUUUUGUAAAAUUGGUUUGCUGUCGUCCUGAAUUUUACUGUACUGUAUAAAUGCACUCUUCUUCUGUCGCAUGUUGAGUAGUUUGGGUUUUGUAUAUUUAUUGUAUUAACAUAAAAUAAAAUUUUAAAACAUUA